AAAGGCCAUAUUGUUCCUUCUGCAACUUCAUCAAUACUGUAGCUUUCCAUCCAUGGCUGCAGAAAGGAAAAUGGCAAAUGCUAUGGGAGGCAUGACGGCCAGACCCUGCGAUGGCUGCCUGAAAAAACGUGCAAGAUGGUAUUGUGUGGCGGAUGAUGCUUUUCUUUGCCAAGGCUGUGAUGCAUCCGUUCACUCUGCCAAUCAGCUGGCUAGUAGGCACCAAAGGGUCAGGCUUGAAACAGCAUUGGCUAAACCCAAUGCAGUAGUUCUGAACUCCGAUGAUGCGGCUGUCCCAGCACCAGCAUGGCACCAAGGUUUCACAAGAAAGGCUAGAACACCAAGGCACAACAAGUCUUCCACCGUGCAACACAAGGAAGAGGGGAAAGUUUUGAAUUUGAAUCCCAUGGAUCCUCUAGUUCCGGAGAUUGGUAACGACGAAGGAUCAGUGGAGGAGAAUGAGGAGCAGCUUCUAUGCAGGGUUCCUGAUUUAGACCCUUUUUCAGCCAUGGAAAAUGAAGAUGAAAAUAUGGUAAUGAUGGAUGGCUAUGGAGACGAAGAUAUGUACGAGUUGGAUGGUUUGAAUGGGUUUUUGCCAUCAGACGUUGAUCUUGCAGAGUUUGUUGCCGAUGUUGAGAACUUGUUGGGUGGAGAUGAUGAAGAUAAUUGUGACAUCAAAAUGAAAGGGUUACUGUUGGACUGUAAAGAAGAAACUAUAAAUUCUAAUGUCGGGUAUGGUGAGAAGACAGUGAAGGUUAAGGAAGAAGGACUGGAAGUAAUAUCAGCUGCUUGCUUUUUGGAUUCUGUGGGGAAAAUGAAUCUUGAUAGUGAAUCACCUAUGACAGGGGAGGAGGAAGAGAAGGCCGUGCCAUUGACUGAGAGAAGUAGUGGUGAGAGUAGGAACAUUUUCCUGAGGCUAAAUUAUGAGGCAGUCAUCAGUGCUUGGGCUAGCCAAGGCUCUCCAUGGACAACAGGAAGCAGACCAAACUUCAACCCUAAUGAUGGUUGGCCUGAUUACAAGGUUAUGUACCCCAAUGAUGGUCAUCACCUGGCUGGAAGUACGGGAGGAGCUUAUGGUCAACUAAGAGGGGGUGAUGGAGAAAGAGAAGCAAGAGUUUCAAGGUACAGAGAGAAGAGGAGAACAAGGUUGUUCUCGAAGAAGAUAAGGUAUGAAGUUAGAAAGCUGAAUGCAGAGAAGAGGCCUAGAAUGAAAGGCAGGUUCGUUAAGAGAACGUCCUUCGUUGGGAUUAGUAGUUUCCCUUACAAUAACCAAUAACGGUCAACUGCCAAAAAAUUAACCAACGUAAUCUUGUUUCUUGGCAAAAUUUGAAAGCUGCUAGUCGCUUUUAGGGUAUUAGUAGUUUCAAGAUGGGUAAUGAUAUGCUGAUAAUUUCUUUAUAUAAUUAUUAAAUGAUAUGUGAAGUUGUAUAAAAAGGUUGUCUCUUAAUCAUUUUCUUUUUCAUAUUUACCAAAAUAAAUAGAAUAAAAAGAAUUUAUUGUG